ACGGGGAGCCUGAGCUCAGGUACAGCGCAUCACACUCAGAGGGAAGAGAGAGAGAGGCAGAGGGAAGGAUAUUUAUAGCCUAAAGCGAGGCUGCAGCGCAGAGAUAAGGCUCGGAGCCAAGCCGCCGGCAGGCAGGGAGACAAGCUUAGGAAAACGAGGACGCGUCAAAAUGAAACACUUCCUUACGGUUGUUAUACUCGGGGCUGCGGUAGUCACCCUGGUCAGCGCGGCCAGUACCGACGGGGCGAUCUCCUUCGAGUACCACCGCUAUGAGGAGCUGCGGAAAGCGCUGGUGUCGGUGUGGCUGCAGUGUCCGACCAUCACCCGCAUCUAUACCAUCGGGGAGAGCUUCGAAGGCCGCGAGCUGCUGGUGCUAGAGAUGUCCGACAAUCCGGGGACGCACGAACCUGGUGAGCCUGAGUUUAAAUACAUCGCCAACAUGCAUGGCAACGAGGCGGUGGGCAGAGAGCUGCUCAUCUACCUGGCUCAGUACCUGUGCAACCAGUACCAGCAGGGCAACGAGACCAUCAUCGAUCUCAUCCACAACACCCGCAUCCACCUCAUGCCGUCAAUGAACCCCGACGGCUUUGAGAAGGCCGCCUCACAGGUGAAGAAACAGCACCCCGGAGAGAUUAAGGACUGGUUUGUGGGCCGCAGUAAUGCGCAGGGGGUGGAUCUAAAUCGUAACUUCCCUGACCUGGACCGCAUCAUCUACAUCAACGAGCGGGAAGGCGGAGCCAACAACCACCUGCUGCAGAACAUGAAGAAGGCUGUGGAUGAAAAUACCAAGCUGGCUCCAGAGACCAAGGCUGUGAUCCACUGGAUCAUGGACAUCCCCUUCGUCCUCUCGGCAAACCUGCACGGAGGAGACGUUGUGGCCAACUAUCCAUAUGAUGAAACCCGCACUGGAUCCACGCAUGAGUACAGCGCCAGUCCGGAUGAUGUGAUGUUCAAGUCUUUGGCUAGAGCCUACUCCAUGUAUAACCCCGUCAUGUCCGAUCCUCACCGAGCCCCGUGUCGCAAGAACGAUGACGACUCCAGCUUCAAAGACGGCAUCACUAAUGGCGGGGCCUGGUACAGUGUGCCUGGAGGAAUGCAGGAUUUUAACUAUCUCAGCAGCAACAGUUUCGAGAUCACUCUGGAGCUCAGCUGCGACAAGUUCCCCAAUGAGGAAACGCUGAAGAGCUACUGGGAGCAGAACCGCAACUCGCUCGUCAACUACAUCGAGCAGGUUCACCGUGGUGUUAAGGGCUUUAUCCGUGACCUUCAGGGCAACCCUAUUUCCAAUGCCACUGUAUCUGUGGAGGGUAUUGACCAUGACAUCACUACAGCCAAAGAUGGAGACUAUUGGCGCCUACUGGCUCCAGGAAACUACAAAGUGGCAGCCUCUGCCCCUGGAUACCUGACUGUCAUCAAGAAGGUGGCUGUACCCUACAGCCCUGCAACCAGGGUGGAUUUUGAGUUGGAGUCCCUGAUGGAGAGGAAGGAGGAGGAGCGGGAGGAGCUGAUGGAUUGGUGGAAGAUGAUGUCAGAGACACUGAACUUCUAACGAUUUUGUCUCGCUGACGAUCGGAGCAUCCACAAUUCGAUGUAAUAUAGUCAACGUUCUGUGUGCCCGUCCGCUCUGAAAAAGAAUAUAUUGUCUCUUCUUCUACUUCUUUCUUUUGAUUGUGUUCUCUCCAUUCUUACUUUAAUUAAUUUUGUUGUUUAUUAAUGUAAGAGUUUGCCUCACACUCCUGUAGAUUGUUUGAAUAUCCUGCGCACGCAGUGAAAGACAAAAGGAGGAAUUUGCAGGCAGCUUGCUGGCAAUGAGAUUGGUCUUGACUUCCGUGGUAUUGUGUUCUUUAUCGUACACGUGAUUGGUAACCAUUGCACUCACCUAUAUAUCCAAUGAAUGACUGACUGAGUAAUAAUGUAUGUAAAAGAUCUGUUUACAUGAUUGCCACAUGGCUCUGUCUAUAAGUAUUCAUUUCCCCCCCUGUUUUAAAUGUCUCUGUUUCUCCAGGCUUUAGUACCAAUACAUACACAACGCUACUACACACGAAACCUUCCAAGUCUGAGUAGCUGUAAACACACACUCUGAUACUCGUGCUGUUUUUUUCCUGUAAAAUAAAGCCGAUGUCGCACUACGGUACUGAGAUAAUCAGGGACAUUGAAAACACUGUAAAAUCACUGUAAACAUCAUAUUGUAAACAAUCUAUACAGGCAAGCUAGUUUCCAUAUAUGUUAUUGAUGUUACGAUUUUUUAAAACUGCAGCACAGCUUUGAUUCCAGCACAAGAUGAAUGGUUAUAAUAUUAUAAUAUAUACUGUAUUUAUGAACUAGGUAUAGCAAGAAAAGUUUUUUUUGUAACUAAAAAAAUAUGAAGAACCACGAUCAUGACACUAAUAAAUCAGUCAACCCAAAGCCAUUCCUUUGUAUGUGCACUACACAGGAAAUACUGCAAAACAUAACGAAGGAAGAUUCAUGUUUACUGCAACAUGAAUCUUUUGAGUGGACAGUUGGCUGACUUACAUGGAUGCAGUUCACUUCAUUUUAGAGCUCAGAAAGGAUUUCUUGAAUGUAUGGCUAUGGAAAUGGUUUAAACAAUGUAAAGAAUAAACAAAUCAAUAAAACUCCCCUCUUUAUGUUGUCGAA